GCACCUUGUGUCUGAGGAGGUGUUUUCAUUUUUCUGAUAAGUACAUGCCCAUGUAAGAAAUUACAGCUGACAUUUCACUGUAAAGACAAUGACAACACUGAAAUAUUGUCUACUUGGCCUGGUAAUUCUAUUUGUUAUAGAGGCGGUGCAUUCCCUGGGAGAAACGUGUAUAUCGUCCUCUGACUGUGCAGAUACAGAAUGCUGUGUUGAGGUUGAGAGGCGACUGCGCCGAUUCAUUUUUGGAUCCUCUAAGGGAACCUGCCAGGCCCGUCGCUACCAGGGUCAGGCAUGCCACGUGUUUCUGGUCCAUGCUUUUGGUAAUCCAAACCUGUAUAUGAAUUAUUGUCCCUGUGAAGAGGGCUUGAUCUGUCAUGGCGAUACUGUGGAUGUGCACGGAAGUCAGCACGUCCACCACAAUCCUAAGUGUUUACCUGCAGCGGAAGUCUCGACAGCACAAGCGCAGAAUACUCCCAGCAGCACCCUCCCACCGUCCAAUCCGGAAGUUAUCAGUGCCGGCUUUUAACAACAGAUGUAUUCUUUUAACUAUUGGAACUUGCCUUGCUAACAUGCAAAACAUUCAACAGAAUUUCGUUGACUUUUGAAAUUCAUGUAAAAAUAAAGAGUCUUCUUGAAAACCACA